ACUUGCAGACCAAUUUGAAGAUGCAAAUACAUCAGUAUCUGAACGCAUGAAGAUUUUCUACUGUUGUCAGGUGCCUCCACAUUGGACCAUACAGCGUCAGCUUGCAAGCUUACUCUUUGAGCUGGGGUGCACCAGCUCUGCCUUACAGAUAUUUGAGGAGCUGGAAAUGUGGGAAGAUGCAGUAAUCUGCUAUGAAAGAGCAGGACAGCAUGGAAAGGCAGAAGAAAUACUUAGACGGGAGUUAGAGAAAAAGGAAACACCAGGAUUAUAUUGUUUGCUUGGUGAUGUUCUUAAAGACCACCAGUAUUAUGACAAGGCCUGGGAGCUCUCCAGGCACCGCAGCGCCCGCGCCCAGCGCUCCAAAGGCCUCCUCCAUCUCCGCAACCGGGAAUUCAGGGAAUGCGUGGAGUGCUUUGAACGAUCAGUGCAGAUCAACCCUAUGCAGCUAGGUGUAUGGUUUUCCUUGGGCUGUGCAUACAUCGCUUUAGAAGGCUACGAAGGUGCUGCCAAAGCAUUUCAGCGCUGUGUGACAUUGGAACCAGAUAAUGCAGAGGCCUGGAACAAUUUAUCAACUGCUUAUAUCAGAUUAAAACAGAAAAUCAAAGCAUUUCGAACCCUCCAAGAAGCUCUCAAGUGCAACUAUGAGCACUGGCAAAUAUGGGAGAACUAUCUUCUCACCAGUACAGAUGUUGGAGAGUUUUCAGAAGCAAUUAAAGCUUAUCACCGGCUCAUGGACUUAAGAGAAAAGUACAAUGAUACACAGGUGCUGGCUAUUCUGGUCAGAACAGUAGUGGAUGGUGUGGAAGAUCGCGCUGGAGAGGUGGCAAGUGGAUUGAAGGGGAAAUUGCAAGAGCUCCUGGGCAGAGUGACUUCACGAGUGACAAAUGAUGGGGAGAUCUGGAGACUUUAUGCCCAACUUUAUGGAAAUGGACAGAAUGAUAGUGGUGAAGAUAUUGAAAAGUCACUGCAGUGUCUCACCAAGGCACAUAAAUGUGAAAUUCAAUCAAGUAAUUGGGAGAAAGAUGUUUCCUCUUUUAAGGAAGUGGUGAAAGGAGCUAUAGAGAUUGCUCAUGUGGCUAUAAAAUGCAGCAAGAACAAAUCUAAUCAUCAGGAAGCUUUGCAGAUACUUUCUUCAGCUCGGCUCAACUUACGUGGCUUGUCAUCCAAAGCAAAGCAACUUUUUGUAGAUUUAACGAGUAAUGAGAUUCACAGUGAGAUAGCUGAUGAGGUGACAACGAUGGACAACAUGAUUGCUGAACUUCAGGAACUGAGUAACCAGCUGAGAGACCAAUGCUGACAUAUGGACUGGAUUUCAUGACAGAAGGACAAUAAUGACAUGUAUAUUUUGCCACAGCUUUUGCUGAUGAAAUAGUAACAAUUCUAAUGCGACAACGCUCUCAAUAAACGUUUUUCUGUACA